AGGGCCGAUUGUUCCAACUUCUUGGUAAAAUGACUCUACCUGAUGGUUGAUUGCUUCACAGCCAUUAACAAUGGAACCGCCGAUUAAAGAAGGUAGAAGCGUUAAUUUCACGGCAAAAGAAAUGUUAAUUUUAAUAGAAAUCGUAAAAAAAUAUAAACAUAUUGUUGAAUGCAAGAAAACUGAUGGCACCACAUGGCGAGAGAAAGAUGAGUGUUGGUCUAAAAUAACAGAUGAAUUAAAUUCUCGUUGUGCAGAGACUUACCGAAAGAAAAAAAGCGUUAAAACAAAAUAUGAAGAUAUAAAAAAAAACUUAAAGAAAAAAUUGUCAAAAAAUAAAGCGGCAAUGUUUAAAACUGGCGGAGGAACUCCAAAAAUUCAAGAUCUUACUUCUGCGGAAGAAAUGUUAUUGUCAAUUUUACCUUCGACCAUACAAGGAUUGCCUUCAAUCUUUGAUUCUGAUGAAACAUUUGAUAAACAAGCUGCCUGUGUAAACAUUGAAAUGGAGACAUCUGUAAAAGAAAAUGUGGAUGAAUUUCAAACUUUAGAUAUUGAUCAGUCCGACUGGAUAUAUGAAGUACUAGAUUGUGAUAGUAAUGAGGCAGAAAAUGCAUCCUCUUCGAAACACGUAGGAAAUAACGAAUCUACUAAAAGAAAGCGAGAAUACUUAGACGCAAUUACUAACACGGUGGAAGAACACCAAAAAAAGGCAAAAACGCUUGAUGUUAAUGACGACAAGAUUGAGAAAACAGCACUCACUUCAAAAGAUAAGGAAAAUGAUACUUUGCCUAUAAUAAAGAAGCAAUUACCUUCAGGAGCCUCUACUUCAUCAGAAAAGUAUUCACAAGCAAAAGAUAUUUUGAAGAAGAAAGUCAGCAAGGAACUAAAAAUGGAAAAUUUUUCAAAAUCGUCCGAAAAAAACAAUAUUGUUAAAUUAGCAAAUGCAAAAGGAGAAUUGCAAUUACAAAAAACAGCUUUAGAAGUAGAAAUACAUAUGAAAAAAGAAACGAAUAAUACGCAAAAAGAAAUCUUGCAAACAGAAUUAAAAAUAACCAAAGAAAAAUUAAAACUCGUACAAUUAGAUGUACAACUUAAAGAAUUAGAAGUUCAAUUGAAAAGGCAACAAGUACUGAAUCUAUUAUAA